AUGGAAUCAGGAGGUGUUGUUACAUCUUCACCAAUUACAGUUUUGAAUAAAGAUGAUUUGAUGAGUGAUGACCAGAGUGAUAACGAACAUCAAUUACAAUCUGCGGAGAAAAAAGAUGGUGGAACUGUAAAGAGUGAUGCUGGAAAUGGAAGUGUUGGUGAUUCUCACAAUGCAUCGGGAAAUAAUAAUAGCAAUGCCAAUGGUCAUGAUGGUGACGUUGUCACCACUCCGACCCAUCAUCAUAAUAAUAACAACAACAAUAGUAGUAACAAUGGCGAUGGCAGUAGUAAUUCACCCGAUGACAACCAUAGCAAUCAUGAUGACUAUGAUGAUGGUGAUGCAGAUACUCCUAUGCAAAACAACAGCGCCAACAAUAACACCACCAACUCAACAGAUACACCUUCAACAACAAACAAUAAUCAAGAUGAUUACGAUGAUUCCGAUGUUGAUGAUCAGCAUGAACAUGAACAAGAUAGUGAUGAUAUUCGUCCCGCUGUGGAUAGUAGAGUUGUUUCCAGCGGAAAAACUACAUUUAUCAUUAGAAAUAGUAAAGAUAAAGAUGUAAAUAUCAGAAAUGGAGAGAUCACCGAUCCGAAAGAUAAUACAUCAGGUCGACAUUCUUUGGUGUUGGAUAGUGAGGAUAGUGAAUUGAUAGAUAAACAAAAACAGAUAUACAAAGAUGAUAAUAAUGAUAACAGUAGCAAUGAUCAACAACUUGAAAAUAAUGAUGAUGUCAUCCCAACUUCCUCACCUACAGUACCCAUACAACCACACCCUGAGAAAUCAGCUUCAACUACCAAUCAUUCAAAUUCAAGUGAUCAUGAGAGCGAACCGUCCAUUGUUAACUCCAACCAAAGUGCACACCACCACCACCAAAAGUCAAGUGUCUACCAUGCAAUGACACAAAGUCCAGAACUAUUGUCGGCAGCCGGUGGAGAAGAUGGUUCGAAAUCCAAUCAAGAUCUGCUUACACUAAAGCAAUUCUUGAUUCACUCUAACAAGUCCACUACAAAGGAACACAGUCAAGACGGUCAAGCGGAGGACGAGGUGAUGUCAGAUCAGGGUGCAGAGGAGAGUCUUGUCCAACUUACCAAUCAACAUGUAAACACUUAUCAAAGAGACGGAGUAAUGACCAACAACAACAACAAGAAAUCCAAUAGUAAUGCUACUCGUGAGAAGCUUAUCAUGUUGGAUAACAAUGGCGGAGUACAUUCAUUACCAUCAGUGGCAUCGUCUUCAUCUUCUUCAAAGACUCCCAUUAACUUGCAUAGUGAAGAGGAUCUGGUACCAGCCGGUGGAAGUGGACGUAUUACUCCACAACACCCAAGUGGUGGUUCCUCCCACAAAUCCAACGCUCAAUUCAAUAGUAUGAUGUCUACAAUACCACCUCAACAGCAGCAGCAACAACAAGGCAUGUUACCUUCGAGUGGCAGAGGUAGAAAGAGAUCGCAAUCAGCAGAUGAAAAAGUUUUGAAACCAUCUACCGGAAUUAUAUAUCCGCAACAUCCAGGUCAUGUUGCUGUCAACAAGAGUAGCGAUAAACUAUUUAUGCAGUAUAAUCCACAACAACAGCAACUACCACAUCAGUUGCUUGAGCAGCAUAUACAGUUACAACAGCAUCAACAACAACUUCAAAUACAACAACAUCAACAACAAGAACAUCCACAACAAGACCAAUCAUCUUCCCGGAAUCAUGCUCAGCAACAACAACAACUUCAACAACAACAACAGCAGCAAUAUCAACUACGUCAACAACAGCAACAACAUGGACAAUCUCAAUCUCAUCGUUCCAAUGUAUCUCAAAGUAGUCCAGGUGAACUUGAUAUCUCACAAACCAAGAAAAGAAGAACUCAAGAGUUAACAAGACAACUUAUAGAUUCACAACCUUCGGAGACUUCAUUAUCUACAUCUCCCUUUGGCUUAUCAAUACAACUUAGAGAACUAUUAAUUAAAGUUGAAAGAUUGGAGAGAGAAAGAGAAAUAAUAAUUGCUGAGAAUAAAAAGUUGAAAAAAGAAAUAAAUGAAUUGGAAUCACUUGGACAAAGAGCGACAUCCACUAUAGGUCAACUAAUGGACGACACCACAAAAUUGAAACACAGUAGAGAACUACUUGCAAAUCGUAACUUUUUACUACAACAAACCAGCAAUGUAAUUCAAAAUCAAUUGAAAACUCUUUUAUCAUGUUGUGGCAAUAGCACUCAAACAAAUCGUUAA